GAAGACGGCGAAUGUCAAACACAAACGUACACUAAUAUUUUUGUUCACACAGGCAUCAUAGACGGACUAAACAGUUUCGCACACUGAGACGCACAGGCUGGAAGGUUAACCACCUAUAACAACAUCUUAAGGAGCGAAAAUAAUUGUAAAAUCUUUGUCAUAAGAUGUUUAAUUUUCGGAUACAUCACAGUCAUUCGAAAAGUUGAAUCUAGUUACAUCAAAGAAUAAGGCCUUAAAUUAAUCAAUGGAUAACGAGAAGCAAAAAGAUGAGCUCACAGCAUUGGAAAGCAUCUACAUCCAUGAAGAAUUUUCUUACAACAACGAAAACAAUCAGUUCGAGUGCACCUUGAAGAUAUUCCUCAGUCUUUCGGAAGGAUACUACUUUACGUACAAAGACAUUCGCCAGCCAGAGGAGAAACCAACAAACGUUCCAAUUUCCCACCUACCACCACUAACAGUUUUAGUCACUCUGCCUUCUAAUUAUCCUUCAGCAUCUCCGCCAAUCUUCACCCUAAUUUCCUCCUGGCUCCGUCCACCACUUUUAUCCAAACUCUGCCGGAAACUGGACCAACUAUGGGAAGAAAACAAAGGGGAAGAAAUUCUUUUUACCUGGUUUGCUUUUCUGCAGAACGAAACUUUGGAAUUCUUGAACAUAAGUGAAAGCCUCAGUAUCAAUCACACCUACACUCGUUACAAAAUGGCAUUAGAGAAUAUAGAAAAUCAAGAGAAUCUAAUCGUGGAGGAUAAUGCAUCAGGAACUAAUAAAAAGGGAAGGGAAGCAACGGCCAAUAGAAAGGAAGCGGUGAAUAGUAGAUAUCAAGAUCCACAUUUUCAUUCUAAAAAAAGGUAUAGAAGACAGAGGAAUAAGACUUUUGAUAAGAGGGCUGUGUUUGAUCGACCAGUCAGUAGUAAUCCGGUUCAAUCGUUAAUUGAUCACAACGAGUUGCGAAACCAGAUAGAAUUUAAGAAAAAUUUGUACACGUGCAAGAUCUGUUUUACUGAUAAAUUGGGGAAGGACUGCACUCAGUUUGUUCCUUGUUCGCAUGUCUUUUGUAAAGAUUGUAUUGUUGGAUAUUUGGAGGUGAGGAUAAAUGAUGGAGCUGUUAAGGACAUUUUGUGCCCGGAAGAUAAAUGUUUGUCUGAAGCUACACCUGGUCAAAUUAAAGACUUAGUGAGUCCUGAACUCUUUAGCAAAUACGAUUCGAUAUUGUUAAAUACAACUUUAAGCACUAUGACGGACAUUGUUUAUUGUCCGAGACGUCAUUGCCAAUAUCCUGUGAGUCAAGAAGCCAAUGAGCAAGUCGCUACUUGUCCAGCAUGCCAAUGUGCCUUCUGUGUGUACUGCAAGAUGGUUAAUCAUGGUAUUGAACCUUGCAAAUUCAAUUCUGGUGAUAAGCAGCAACUCGUCGCAGAAUACAGAAAUGCAUCCCCUGCAGAAAAAGAACAUCUUGAAAAACGUUAUGGAAAGAAGCAACUCCAGAUUUUGGUUGAUAAUACCAUGUCGGAAAAAUGGAUAUCCAACAACAGUAAAAACUGUCCCCAUUGCAAAGUUGCGAUUGAGAAAUCGGAUGGUUGCAAUAAGAUGGUUUGUGGCCACUGCAAUACAUUCUUCUGUUGGCUGUGCAACGAGCGAUUAAAUCCCAGAGAUCCUUAUCAGCACUAUAGAAGUCAACAGUCAAACUGUUUUAAUAGACUGAAUGAAGGGAUCGUAAUGGAUGUUGGAGACGACGACGACGAUUUUGAAGAGGAUCCCGAUUUUCUUGAAGAUUUAGUCUUUCCUGAAGAUUUUGAGGGCCUUCGUGUCGAAGAUAUUGUUUUUAUAGUUACUGAAGACGAAGAUUCUUACGAUGAAAUCGACAUAAAUGAAAUCUAAAACUGUUGUCUAUACAUUUUAAUUUUUGU